CUGCUGUCCUCUAUCUCCCCUAGAGGCAGCGGGCCCGAGCUUGGUAAUCGUUUUGCGUUUAAACCUCGCUGGGAUGAAUCUUGGCUAUUGCGUCGAGACCCGGGGAUCCUCAGCAGCCCUUAACGCGUGCUGUUGUGCUGAGAAAAUCCGUGCCGCGGAGGCUCUGAAGCCCGGCACAGACAAAGACGUGGCAGCCGGGAGCGCCGUGCUGCAGGCGGGGGCUGGGGGGGAAGGGAGCGGCCCGAGGACGUGCUGGUGUGGCCCUGUCAGUGUGUGCGUGGAGCUCCGUGGAGAGAUGGGCUCCUGCUGGUCUUCCAGGAGACAGCCGGCUGUGGAGCUCGUGCUAAAUGUCAGGAAUUUCUCAGUGUGGGUUUCACUACCUGUAUUUGUUAAAAAUCCAGCGUUGUUGUACGUCAUCCUUAAAGCCCUGCUUCCGUAAAUAAGUGGGUCUCAUUUCUGAUGGACUUCUCCCAUUGUGAAGGUGGAAAGCUCUGACUGACUUCUCAGGGUGUUCUGCUGUAAUCUCAGUUCUUACUGAAGCUUUUAACUGAUCUUAUUUUGUAUGUAGCUGUGUACUCUGUUAAUUGUUUUUGUUAAUAAUUAUAAUUUUUCUUAUGUGCUGCAUGCUUUGUUUACUUCAUUAGUUCUUAUGUGAUGAGAUAUACUAGAGCAUUUAUUUAGUCAAGUGGCUGCAUUUGAGCUAUUUUACUCUUGUUAAGCAAUGGGAGCCUUUGAAUAUUUUAAGAGAAAAUGCACGCAGAACUUGGUUGUUUUUUAUUUCAACUGAGUUGAUGUAUCUGUAAGUGCUUUCACUUGAGUCAAAAUACAGCCAAGACAAACUUGUUCUGGCCAACUCACAGCUGUUUGUCCUGACACUGGGGCUUCACAGCUAAAAUCCCUGUGCCUGACAUACCUGAACAGUCAAGCUUGGCCUGGUUGCAGAGAACCAUAAAAGCAAAGAUGUCACAACUCCUGUAAGCUUUGCUAAGUCUAUGCUCCUCCCUAAUGGGGUCUUCAGCCUGAGCCGCCUUUUGAGCCCAACUUUGUGCUGUGUGACCAUGCCAGAGGGUUUUACCAUUUUGCUGGCAAGGGACCAAGUGCUUUGCCUAGAGUACUGCGUUUCUUAUGCCAUCAGCAGUCUUAACACUCCAUUUUAUACAAUAUAAUGGAUAAAAAGAUAGCACUGCUCAUCUCCCAAACCUCAAUGAGAGAUGACACUCAGGGUAGACUUUCAGAAAUGGUCUUCUAUGCUGCUCUGUAGAGCACUGCAAUAACAUUUGACACACAAUGAGCAUUUGGGUAAGCUCAUGCUUCCUUGACUAUGUGAGGUAUGUGCUAGGCUUGGGCAGUUUCUGCUGUUAUUGAUGUUUUCUUUGGCUUGCACUCUUUGAGCAGUUCAGAGUUCGUAUCUUGAAGCAGAGGGUGGAAACUGGUGUUCAUUAUGACUCUCCUGCCCUACCACAUUGCACAUGAAAGUCCUUUUGAACUGAGAGGUUUGCAUUAGUAAGGUUCUCUGAGUGCUUACCCGGUAAUGUUUUCACGUCAUAGAAAUAGCAAUGGUAGCAAGGAUGAUGCAUUAGAGCAGUGUAACUUGCGUUAGCACAGUCAGCUGUCAGCCCUGCUCUUUGCAGCACGGCGUGAUACCAACUGGAGGCGCCCAGCAUCUCUGUGAUACACUUUUUUGUGUUUGUAUGUGUGAAUCUGUUUUAGGAGAAUGUGUUUACUGGUCAAUCCAAAAUCUACAGCUACCUGAAUCCCAACAAAUCUCCUGGUGCUCGCUCCCCUCUUCAAGAAGAAAACUCUGUCAUGUAUCACGAAGUGAAAUGUCAGGGCAAAGCGCUAACUGAAACCAACAGGAAAGGAGAUGAAAAAAAGAAUGGUGGCAAUGUAAUUGAAGGUGCUACGAAACCAGAAGACCAGAAAGAUAAGGAAAGUGGGUGCAAUACCUCAGUGCUCUCUUCUGAUCAAAAAACCCAAGGAACUGUAGAAGCUGAGAAGACACUCCUGCCCUCAGACUGUGCUGGUGAGGCCAGUGCAAAGCCAGCUCAGAAGAAGAUGGUUAAAACAAAACGUGGACCAAGAAGGAAAACACAAGGAAGAGCACCGAAUCGAAAAGUGACAGAUUAUUACCCAGUUAGAAGAAGCUCCAGGAAGAGCAAAUCUGAACUGGAGACUGAGGAAAGGAGGAAAAUUGAUGAACUAAUUACAAGUGGGAAAGAAGAAGGAAUGAAGAUUGAUUACAUUGAUGGCAAAGGGAGAGGAGUAAUUGCUACUAAACAUUUUAAUCGUGGCGAAUUUGUAGUUGAAUAUCAUGGAGAUCUCAUAGAGAUCACUGAUGCUAAAAAGCGGGAGGCUCUGUAUGCUCAAGAUCCAUCCACAGGCUGCUAUAUGUACUAUUUUCAGUACCUCAGCAAAACGUACUGUGUUGAUGCUACAAAAGAAACUAAUCGUCUGGGAAGACUGAUUAAUCACAGCAAAUGUGGCAAUUGUCAAACAAAGCUUCAUGACAUUGAUGGUGUGCCUCAUCUCAUAUUGAUAGCUUCCAGAGACAUUAAAGCAGGUGAAGAACUGUUGUAUGACUAUGGAGACAGAAGCAAAGCUUCCAUUGAAGCUCAUCCAUGGCUAAAACACUAAUUCUUCAUCUUUUGGGUGUGGCUAGGUUGUUUUUUAGGGGGAGGUGGUGGAGACUGAGUGCUCUGCAAGGAGUCGGUGGAUUUUUUCUCCAUUCUCACUUCCCUCAGCUUUCUUAGUGAACUGCUUAUGGUGUUCUGAGCUCCUUGAAAACUACAUUUUUACUUUGCAGUAUUUAAAUUCCUAUUACAGAUUUCUAAGCAGGCUCAAGUUUUCUCUUAGAUUGCCAAAACUUCUGUAUUGUAAAAGGAAGCCCUCCCUAGAAAACAGAACCCUUCUGCAUAGUGACCACUGCCACCUGAGCAUGUGAGGACUUGCACAGAAUGGAACUUAGUCAUUUGGAUUGUUCUUCUGCAGUGAAAUCUUAUACUCCAUUUUUUGGGGUGGUGAACUUGACAUUAGCUUUAUGACAGGAAAUGUGCUUUUUUUAUGCUGGCUCCUAUGUCAAUGGCUUGACUACUUGUUAGACUUCUUGCAAAGAUUUUUUUAAUGGAUGCUCUUGUUUCUAUCAUUCUCAAAUAACUUGUGGUAGGGUUCUUUUUUUUUUUUUUUCCCCCCAGUGUGGUAUCUCAUUAGUGAUUAACUUUAAAUGCACUUCUGCUGAGGGAAAUGGAUGGUCAUAUUGGUUUUCUUCAGAGAAAUAACUCCAAGACAAAUGUAAAUGGAUUUUGAUAGGCUGGGUUGAUUUAAAAAAUGUAGGAAUUUAACUUCACAAGAGAAUCAAUGUUGAACACAACUUUCUAAAAUUUGGGAUGGUAUCUUCUUAUAGAUGAUGACUGACUCUCGGAGGUGAUGAUUCUUAGAGGGUUUUAAAGAAGCAAAACAAACAAACAAAAACUCUCUGAAAAUGUUAUUACCUUCCCAUGCUAUUUAUAGCUCCAUCAGAAGUUAUUUAUUUACUGUGAAUGCUUGAAAUAGAGCACAGUGGUUCUGUAAGUCAUCUUUAUAUGCAGCUUCAAAUGGUAAUGAUGGUGUUUGUGCAAUGAAGAAAGUAUAUUCCUUAUUGCCUAGUCCUGUAGGUCUGUCCAGCAUGGUCUGGGCCCACUGUCUUAAAUGGGAGCUGUGUGCUUAGCAUCUUGCAGAUGUUUGUAACAUCACUGUUUGAGAACCAAAUCUGUCAUGUAGGCAGGCAAUAUACAAUGCAGGUCCUUUAUGUUAAAGAUGAGUUCUUACCAAUUAGAAUUUUUGCCAAGGAAGGCUUGGCAUGUGUGUAGAUGAAGAUGGCUGUGAGCCAUUUGUCAUGCUUGCUGCUGGAAGAUGUCAGCAAGGGAUCUGUGGCUCUGCUUGUCUUUUUUUCCUCCAUGUCUUGAAGGCUGCAGCUGCUUCAGCUAAUGCCCUCUAGGACAACCUCGCACGCUUGCCUGUGUGAUAGGUCAUAUAGCAACAUCAUGGUUGUAUGCUCCAGCAGCAAGAGAAGUGGUGAAGUGAUGUAUUUUUUAAAUGAAAAACUUGAAGACAAUGUCUCUGUAAAAUAAAGAAUAUAUUUAUUAUUUAUGAAGUGGC